AUGAGGGGCUCGGACGGGUUACAGUCGGUCUUGACCGUGGCCGGACGGUUUCCAUCCCACACCGAGUCCAUCCUAGACAUUGGCCUUCUUUCGAGACAGCCACUAUGCGGUGACCCUGAGGGCUGGGGGCCGGUGAGCUCGUCCAGAUGGGAUCUCACUCCCUGUUUUCUUGAUAUUUGGAUCGUUGGCGUCUCGCUUUGGGGUGUGCUGUUCGGUGCGGGAGCGCUGUGGUACUUGUUCACAAAACGUAUCGCCCAGGAGGUUCCUAAAAAUUGGCAUUUCUAUACAAAACUGUCCUUAAUCGCCGCCCUCAUAGUCACUACCGCCCUCCAAGCUGCCUUCCAGGUCCAGCGGUUGCCGGGAAUAUGGUAUCAAGAUAUCAGGUUCUACACCUCCAUCUCCACCAUUGUCUCGCUCUUCGUCAUCUUCGUCGUACAAUACCAUGAACACUGGCGGUUGCGGAACCCAAAUGGGGUCGUACUCUUCUACUGGGUCUUCUUCAUCCUGGCUCAUGCUGUCAAGCUGCGUUCGUUGGUCGCGAGAGAGGCGUACAAAACCCGUCUCCCCUACUUUGUCACCUUCAAUGUCAGCCUCGGUCUCGCGAUUCUAGAAUUCAUUCUGGAAUAUCUGGUUCCGAAGAAACAGAGCGCCUACGAUGCUCUUGGGGCCGAUGACGAGUGUCCAUAUGAAUAUGCCGACGUUUUCUCCGUCCUCACAUUCUCUUGGUUGACCCCCUUGAUGAAGUUUGGCUACAAUAACUAUCUCACUCAAGAUGAUCUGUGGAACUUACGCCAUCGAGAUUCUACCAAAGCCACGGGUGCUAUCUUGCAAAAGGCCUGGCAAAUCGAGCUGGAGAAAAAGAAGCCGAGCUUGUGGAUGGCGUUGGCCAGGGCGUUUGGCGGUCCCUAUCUUCGCGGAGCACUGGUCAAGACCAUAAGUGACAUCCUUUCUUUCGUGCAGCCGCAACUCCUGCGCCUGUUGAUCACUUUCGUGGACUCGUAUCGGCCAGGUCGUGAACCUCAGCCGCAGAUCCGUGGCGUCGCGAUUGCGUUGGCAAUGUUUGCCACCUCCAUUUGCCAAACUGCUGCCCUGCAUCAGUACUUCCAGCAGGCCUUCGAGACCGGGAUGAGAAUCAAGUCUUCACUCACCGCCAUGAUUUACGCAAAAUCGCUCCGAUUGUCUAGCGAAUCCCGGGCGAAAAAGAACACGGGCGACAUUGUUACUUACAUGAGCGUAGAUCAGCAGCGUCUGGCGGAUUUGGCUCAAUGGGGCCAGCAAGUGUGGUCGGCACCAUUCCAGAUCACGCUGUGCAUGCUCUCCCUCUACCAACUGGUCGGGCCUUCGUGCUUCGCGGGUGUCGCGGCCAUGGUCAUCAUGAUCCCUGUCAAUGGCUUCAUUGCUCGAUUCAUGAAGAAGUUGCAACUGGAUCAGAUGAAGUACAAAGACCGCCGCUCACGGCUGAUGACCGAGAUCCUCAACAACAUGAAGGCCAUCAAGCUCUACGCAUGGGGCUCUGCUUUCAUGGAGAAGUUGAGCCACGUCCGUAAUGACCUCGAACUGAACAAUCUCCGGAAGAUUGGCGCCGCCCAGUCUUUCGCCACGUUCACUUGGUCCUCUACGCCUUUCCUCGUCUCGUGCUCAACCUUCGCCGUCUUCGUCUUGUUCAACGAUACACCCCUGACGACCGAUCUGGUCUUCCCAGCCUUGACAUUGUUCAAUCUCUUGACCUUUCCUCUCACAGUGUUGCCAAUGGUUAUCACCAGCAUAGUCGAAGCGUCCGUCGCCGUUCGUAGGUUGACGGAUUUCUUCGCUGCCGACGAGCUUCAAGACGAUGCGGUCAGACUGAUCGACGAGCCCCCAAGCCAGCCGGGAGAAUCUAGCGUUUCAAUUCGGGACGCUACCUUCACUUGGGACAAGGACCAAAACAAGAACGUCUUGGAGAAUAUCAACUUUAAUGCAAAUAAGGGCGAACUGACCUGCGUCGUGGGUCGUGUCGGGGCUGGCAAGUCGUCAUUACUCCAGGCGGUCCUCGGUGACCUCUGGAAAAUCCAGGGCGAGGUCGUCGUACGGGGACGCAUCGCUUACGCAGCACAGUCGGCAUGGAUAAUGAACGCAAGCGUCAAAGAAAACAUUAUCUUUGGCCAUCGAUGGGAUCCCCACUUCUACAACCAGACCGUCAAUGCGUGUGCUCUCGUGGAUGAUUUCAGACAGCUACCGGAUGGAGACCAGACGGAAGUCGGCGAGCGUGGCAUCUCCCUAUCUGGAGGUCAGAAGGCUCGACUGGCGUUGGCCCGGGCAGUUUAUGCGAGGGCCGACAUCUAUCUCCUCGACGAUGUCCUCUCUGCGGUUGAUCAGCACGUCGGACGGCACCUGAUCAACAACGUACUUGGUCCGAACGGCCUGUUGAGCGGAAAAGCCAGGAUUCUGGCCACAAAUGCCAUCACCAUUUUGAAGGAGGCUGAUUACAUGUACUUGCUCCGUGACGGGUCGAUCCUAGAAAAAGGCACCUACCAGCAACUGAUGGCGAUGAGAGGCGAGGUCGCCAAUCUGAUCAAGUCGGCCAUCAAGGAGGACGAACAGGAGUCGGAAGGCGAAAGAAGCCCUAGUGUAGAAGGCACGGAGUCCGACGAAUCUACGACCGCCGUAGAGAGCGCGGUUCAGGACGAGUACGAUGCCGAGGAGGCAGAAGAGUCGCGUCAACAAGUUGGUGACCUUGCCCCAAUUCGUGCCGGCCCCAGUGGACUGUCGACGGCCAGGAAGACCAGCUUCAAUACCCUGCGACGGGCUUCAACCGCCAGUUUCAAAGGCCCUAUGGGUCGCAUGACGGAUGAAGAGGGCGGGUUAAAGAGCAAGCAGACCAAGGAAACCGCCGAGCAGGGCAAAGUCAAGUGGUCGGUCUAUACAAGCUACGCCAAAGAAAGCAACCUUAUCGCCGUCGGGAUUUAUCUUCUCGCGCUGCUCGCCGCUCAGACGGCCCAGAUCGGAGGCAGCUUCUGGCUGAAGCGAUGGUCAGAGAUCAACGAGUUGUAUGGCGCGAAUCCUCAGGUGGGGAAAUACAUUGGCAUUUACUUUGCAUUCGGAAUCGGAGGUGCAGGCCUUGUUGUCAUCCAGACCCUGCUUCUCUGGAUUUUCUGCUCGAUUGAGGCUUCGAGAAAACUCCAUGAUCGGAUGGCGUACGCAAUCUUCCGCUCUCCCAUGAGUUUCUUUGACACGACUCCUAUUGGUCGUGUGCUUAACCGUUUCUCGAGUGACAUCUAUCGAGUCGACGAGGUUAUUGCUCGGACCUUCAAUAUGCUUUUCGUCAACACUGGUCGGGCCCUCUUCACCAUCGGCGUGAUUUCCGCAGGCACCCCGAUUUUCCUUGUCCUGGUCGUACCCUUGGGGGCCGUGUAUGUUCUGUACCAAAGAUACUAUCUCCGGACCUCACGCGAGUUGAAACGGCUCGAUAGUGUGAGCCGAAGUCCGAUAUACGCACACUUCCAGGAGACUCUCGGCGGGGUGUCCACUAUCCGCGCAUAUCGACAACAGAUGCGGUUUCUUUUGGAAAACGAGUGGCGUGUGGACGCAAACCUACGGGCCUAUUUCCCCUCGAUAAGCGCUAACAGGUGGCUGGCGGUCCGCUUGGAGUUUAUUGGAUCUGUCAUUAUCCUGGCGGCAGCCAUUUUUGCCAUCAUCACGGUGACAACUGGUGGCGGCCUGUCGGCCGGUAUGGUGGGCCUUGCGAUGUCAUAUGCCCUGCAGAUCACACAGUCCCUAAACUGGAUCGUUCGACAGACAGUGGAGGUGGAGACUAACAUUGUAUCUGUCGAGCGAGUGCUCGAAUAUGCCAACCUGCCCAGCGAAGCUCCUGAGGUCAUUUUCAAGAGUCGACCGAGCAUUGGGUGGCCUGCACAUGGCCAGAUUACGUUCAAGGAUUAUUCUACGCGGUAUCGCGAGGGCCUCGAUCUUGUGUUGAGAGACAUCAACCUGAACAUCAAACCACGGGAGAAGAUCGGCGUGGUUGGACGUACAGGAGCCGGAAAGAGCUCGUUGACUAUGGCACUAUUCCGGAUCAUCGAACCAGUAACUGGGCACAUCAGCAUUGACGGCCUCAACACCUCCACGAUUGGCUUGCUAGAUCUUCGAAGGCGGCUUGCCAUCAUUCCUCAGGACGCCGCCCUUUUCGAAGGGACAAUUCGCGACAAUCUGGAUCCUCGUCAUGUCCACGAUGAUACGGAACUGUGGAGCGUGCUUGAACAUGCUCGCUUGAAGGAUCAUGUCUCGAGCAUGCCUGGACAAUUGGACGCUGUGAUUCACGAAGCUGGUUCAAAUCUUAGUCAGGGACAACGGCAACUUGUCUCUCUGGCGCGCGCGUUGCUUACUCCCAGCAAUAUCCUGGUACUCGAUGAGGCAACUGCGGCAGUAGACGUGGAGACGGACAAGCUGUUGCAAGCUACUCUGCGCAGCACGGUGUUCGGGAACCGUACCAUCAUCACCAUCGCCCAUCGUAUCAACACUAUCCUGGACGCCGAUCGCAUUGUGGUGCUGCAGCAAGGACGAGUGGCCGAGUUUGAUACGCCAGAAGAACUGAUCAGACAGCGUGGCUUGUUCUACGAACUUGUUCGUGAGGCUGGUCUGCUCGACGGCUUUGGCAACGGUAGCGCCGUCGCGAGCCAACCCUGA